AUGAACUUGAGAGGCAUCAACUACAUGACAUCAGUUGGAUCUUGUUCUUGUCUUCCAAAGAGGAACGUCUUGUAUAACGUAACUACUGAUCUGUCUGGAGGAUGUCUGGCUUUUGUCACCCAUGCUUGUCCGAAGAAUUUCAACUACUUCAUCGAGGACCACAAAUGCUACAGUUACCAGGCGGCUAAAAACAUUUGGAGCGAUUCCAGGAAACUUUGUAACAACCUUCUCAACUCUCACCCCGUGGUAUUUGAUGAUCCAAAUGAAAAUAUUCUCAUCCAGAAGAUCACAUCAGCUGGAUGUAAAGUUUUAAAUUUUCAACUUUAA